AUGGCUUCCACGCCCAUGGAUCUCGAUCUUCCCGCCAGCUCAAACGGCUCUCCAUCGCUCAGCAUCUCAAGGAAUCUGGCGGCCAGCGCGCCCGUGUCCAAUCUCAGCGACGUCGUGUCCAGCUUUCGCCCGACCAAGUUGCUACGGCGCGAUGAUAUCAAGGAUGGACGGCCUCAGCCUCGCGUGCUCUCAAUUGACUACGAUGACGACGGCGAGCUGCUGAUGACCUCUGCGAGCGACGAGACAAUCCAGAUCUACAACGUCCGAGAGGGGCGUCACGACAAGAGCCUGCUCAGCAAGAAGUACGGUGUCAAGCUGGCAAAGUUUACACAUACUAGGUCUAGUAUAAUAUACGCCAGUACCAAACAGAACCCGCUUGCGGUACACCCCGGUAGCGACAACUUUAUAUCCUGUUCACAGGAUAACACCGUCCGGCUUUGGGAUACACAGACGAAACAUUGGCAGGGCCAGCUCUUCCUUAGAUCGCCGUACCUUGCCGCUUACGACCCUUCAGGGACGGUCUUUGCCGUUGCAUGCCCCAGCAGCGGAACCGUCCUAAUGUACGACGUUCGAAACUACGACAAAGCGCCGUUUGCCACGAUUGAUAUCGUAGAGGAGUGCCGUGGAGUCGAUUCCCAGUGUCUGGUCAAGGGGUGGACCAAGCUCGAGUUCUCAAACGAUGGUAAAACUGUCCUUGUGGGUACAAAGGGCCGUGGGCAUUUCCUUCUCGACGCUUUCCAGGGCAAUCUGAAAGCCUAUCUUCGACGGCCCGCAGGUGGGACGCGUCGACUUGCCCCGGGCGAGAACCUUGCCGCAAACGGCGCCGCCCCUACUCCAACCGAUCCCAGCGCAUUUGAAAGCAGCGGAGACUGCUGCUUUGCACCGGAUGGACGAUAUGUGCUCAGCGGUGGUGCUAAACAGGACGUGCUGGUUUGGGAUACGCUGAAGCAGCCGGCGGAGAACAAAGUGUUGGACCCAACAUGGACACUGCCUGAUAAGAGAGAGGCGGCGGUACUGGCCUUCAACCCGCGGUUCAACUUUUUCGCGACAGCAGACCAGGAUUUGGUUCUUUGGCUACCGGAUCCUCACGCAUAG